GGCUAACAUUUGACGCUCUCAUGACAUUAAAACCGUUACGAUCCGUCAAGCCCGGGGUUCGAUUCCCCGAUUCGGAGGUUUCUUUUUGGGCUUCAAUUGUCUUGAUUUUUUUUUCCGAACCUUUUGUUCAUUCAAAUAAUACAUGUAUUAAAUAAAUUAUGCCUUCUCCUUGUUCAACUUCAUUCUCAUUCAUGUAUUGGAAAAUGCUAAUGAAACAUUGAAGAAGUUUAUUUUUUUAAUAUGCAUGUGUAGGGUAACUAGAUUAUCAUAUGAGGCGUAAAUGCAUAAUGCAUUCUUUUAGAAGGGAUUCUUUGAAAAAGUGGGAUGAAUAGAAGUGGGUCAUCGGUUUUCUCAAAAUUCGCUUAGCCCUCAACUCCACACUCCAACCCACAAGAAAAAUAAUUUGGUGGGAGGAACUUCUGAACUUUGCGAAAUUUCGACAACCAAAACCUCCAAUUCCUUUCUUGAGACCAUCAACCACCAACGUCAAAGGUAAGUCAGCGCAAGUCGCAUCUACUAUAUCAUUUCUUAUUUUUUUUAUUAAUUAAUUCCGACAUUCACGAUGGCCUCGAGACCGACCGUCACCAUCAUCGGCAAAGAUGGUACUCCCUCGGGAGCUACCCACACCAUGCCUACCGUCUUCGCCUCCCCGAUUCGACCUGAUAUCGUUCAGCAAGUCCACACCGGAAUGGCCAAGAACAAGCGACAGCCCUAUGCCGUGAGCGAGAAGGCAGGUCACCAAACCUCUGCCGAAUCCUGGGGAACUGGUCGCGCUGUCGCCCGUAUCCCCCGUGUUUCCGGUGGUGGUACCCACCGUGCUGGUCAGGCUGCCUUCGGUAACAUGUGCCGUUCCGGUCGUAUGUUCGCACCUACCAAGAUCUGGCGCAAGUGGCACAUCAAGAUCAACCAAGGCCAGAAGCGAUUCGCUACUGCCUCUGCUCUUGCUGCUUCCGCAGUUCCCCCUCUAUUGCUCGCCCGUGGCCACCAGGUUUCUGCCGUUCCCGAGGUUCCCCUAGUUAUCGACUCCGCGGUUUUCGAGGGAGGUGCUGCCGCCAAGACUGCCGACGCCCUUAAGAUCCUGAAGGCUGUUGGUGCCGAUGCCGAUAUCGAGAAGGCUAAGAAGUCCAAGAAGCUACGCGCUGGAAAGGGUAAGAUGAGAGGCCGCCGUCACCGCCAGCGACGUGGUCCCCUAGUCAUCUACGACCCCGAGGUUGACGGCAAGGAGAUUGUCACCGGAACCCGCAACCUACCGGGCGUUGAGACUUGCUCCGUCUUCGCCCUGAACCUUCUCCAGCUUGCCCCCGGUGGUCAUCUCGGCCGAUUCAUCGUCUGGACCUCGGCUGCAUUCAAGGCUCUUGACUCCAUCUAUGGCACUACCACCACGCCCUCUGAGCUCAAGAAGGACUUCCUACUACCUUCCAACUUGGUCUCCCAGGCUGACUUGGGCCGUCUCAUCAACAGCUCUGAAAUCCAGAGUGUGCUCGAGGCUCCCAAGGGCGGUCCCCUAACCAAGCGUGCUUCCGUCCAGAAGAACCCUCUGCGCAACAAGCAGGUUAUGCUCCGAUUCAACCCUUACCACGCCACGUUCGUGAAGAACAAGGUUGGUCAGCAGAAGGCGAGCGAAGGCAAGCCCCCCAAGGCCCCUCAGGGUUUCUUGGAGGUCCUCCGCGAGAACUAAAAGACUAGCUUGGUGAGCAGCAUAGUCUAGGGUUAGGGAAUUGGUGCAUCGUUUGCUAUAGUCACGGCGUAAUGGUUCAUAGGGUCUCAUGAAUCAAUGGACAUUCUCAUUCUGAUCACCAUAGUUGGCCCCCUCUGUGCGCUGUCAGUCUCCCCAAAAGGGAGUCGGCCGGUUAAAUUGUCAAAAGCAACUAUUAUGAAUUUCCGUGCUGUCAAUGUAUCCAUACACUGCUUUCCGUGCAAGGAGCUUGUUCUCCUUAUAGCCAAAAGGUAGACCCUAAGAAAUGAUUGUAAUUGGUAACAUGAAACUCCUCAUGAAGUGCCAUAUGGGCCUGCAGUAAAUCAAAUUCCCUUUCUAACGAUAAGAUCAUAAUUAUUUCUAGAUAUUAUCCCAUGUGGAUGACUUACCUAAGAGCCGAGAUAUACACACCUACCCAUCCAAUGGCCUGCUCCUAAUUAUUUUGGCCUAUCAAAGGAUAAUGAUAUUAUAUUUGAAACCUUUUGGUGUUGCAGUUGCAGCAGAUGUUUUUCUGGCGCUGCGGG